AAGGGUUUCAUCGCCUAUUCAGAGUAUAUAAAUUCUUUCCUUUUUUCCUUUCUUGUUUCUUCUUCAAAGCCCUCAGCGUUAUCUCUUCGAGACCGCUUUUAUCAUAUAAAACCAAAACAACAACACCAACAAAACACAACCAACUCUACGAAACCCUAAAACGAAGAAAAAUCAAAUUAGGGUUUGGUUUUUCCAUCUCGAUUCAGAAACGAACCCUAAAAUCAUCCCCUCGUUUCUAAUCUCUAUCCCUUUUUAUUUCAAUUUCUUGAUUUAAAUUUAUUUUGUUUGAAACCCUAAAUCUUCUUCACAAAUUUUUUCGUGAAAGAAAUCUCAGUUUUGAUCUCAUCAAACCCUAGUUUUAUCUAAUUUAUUAAAUCAAGUUUGUUGUUGUUAUUAGUUUCGGUUAAUAAUUUGAUAAUUAGGGUUAAAAUAAGGUGUGUGGAUAAGAGUUUGAUAGAAGAGAGAUCAGGAAGAGAAUGGUCGGAGGUGGAAACAUUCACAGAAGGGGAGUAGUUGAUGAUGCUCCAACAGGUAUAAGCAGUAAUAAUGUUUUUUCAGCUCUUGGAAGUUUAAGAAAGAAGAAGAAUAAAGAACAGGGAUCAUCCAAAAAGGGAUCUGCUAAACCUAAAGAACCUGAACCUGUAGUGAUUUAUACUCCUAAACCAUUGACUGAGAAAAAAUGGGGCGAUAUGGAUGAGGAUGAUGAUGAUGAUGACAAUUAUUAUCAAACAACAGCACCAAUUCUAUCUUCUUGGGGUCCUGAUGAUACUCAGGAUAAGGAAGAAGUCCAUACCCCUGUUGAAAGUGAAAGUGAAGAUGAUGGUCUUGAUUUAGGCGAUGAUGACAUUGACGAAGAACAUGAACCCGAGCCUGAUGUUCAUGUACAUGCUGAACCGGUGGUGAAGAUGCCCCAGGCACCUUUGCCACCUAAAGAAGCAGAAAGGCAGCUUUCAAAGAAGGAGCUGAAGAAAAAGGAACUUGCAGAACUUGAUGCAGUUUUGGCUGAGCUAGGAAUUGACAAGAAAGAAACUGAUGGCCAAGAUGAAUCUCAUGGUGCCCAGGAGAAGAAAGAGCUCAAUGGUGAUGCAGAUAAGAAGGAAAGUGCUGCACCUGCUGGUGAGAGCAAAAGUGCAAGAAAGAAGAAGAAGAAGUCUAAGGAGGCUAAAGACCAGGAACAGCCUAAUGGCUCGCAUACCAGCAAUGAGCCUGAUGAAGGUGCUACUGGGUCUGAACAGGCAGAAGAUAUGAAAGAGAAACUAAAGAAAAUGGCUUCGAUGAAGAAGAAGAAGUCGAGCAAAGAAAUGGACUCAGCAGCAAGGGCUGCUGCGACUGAAGCUCAGGCAAGGAAUGCAAAACUUGCUGCGGCCAAGAAGAAAGAGAAGAACCAUUACAACCAGCAGCCUGUGAGGUAAAGCCAUGUUUUUUCAUCUUUUGCUGGAUGUGGGCGUGUAUCCCUUGUUCAUUUGUUGCAUGGAGAAUAAUUGGCAGGCUGUGAGUUCACAAUUUCGAGCUUGGGUGCUUAGUAUAGUGUUCUUUUUUCUUUAUCUCCGUCUGUCGUAGUUUUAUCAGGAAUUGAAAAAGAAGUACAAAGAUCUCUUUUUUUUUUCUUCCUUCCAUCUAUAGUAGAGAUAUUGGUACUUAUAAUGUCUCAUAUGACAUACAUUUAUUCUCUAGAUGUUCUUUUAUAAUACUCAUAUGCAGAAGACCCCCACUUUCUUGAAUGUUGCUUGAAGAACUUGUUGUCCAUCUUUGUUGAAUCAAUGGUUUCACUGUGUUUUUUUUUUUC